GAUGGUUGUCAAAUGACAAGCAGGUUAUAAAAAUUUGUAUCAAAAUUGUUCGUGUCAAAUAAAAUGCGCGUUGGCAAAAUUAUUCGUUAAAUGAGAUACUUUAUUAAAAUAUUUGAAACAAUGUUGUUAAACAUACUGCAGCGCUGUGUUUAUACUCACAGCUCGCGUCAGUUGAAAAUAUUGUCAGUUUGCAAGACUUUAAGAUUACCGCUGUCCACUUCGGCAAUUGCAAAUGCGAAGGAUGACAAAUGUAGUAGCAGCCGUAAGGAAAAUUACAGAAUUGAGAAAGACUCUUUUGGCGAGGUAAAAGUCCCAGCGGAUAAAUAUUAUGGUUCUCAAACUCUUCGCGGGAUGAUGAAUUUUCCAAUUGGCGAUCCCGUAGCUGAACGCGUUCCUUGCGAAUUAAUAGUCGCUAUGGGUAUAGUGAAAAAAGCCUCCGCUGAAGCGAACAAAGAAUUCGGUUUAGAUCCCAAGAUCGCCGAUGCAAUUAGUAAAGCGUCGGACGAUGUAAUAAGCGGAAAGUUGUACGACGAUCAUUUUCCUUUACUCAUGUGGCAAAGUGGAGCUGGCACGCCAACUCACAUGAACAUUUGUGAGGUUAUUGCCAAUCGUGCGAUCGAGUUACUAGGCGGCGAGCUCGGCUCAAAGAAACCCGUGCACCCGAAUGACCAUGUUAACAUGGGACAGAGCACCAAUGACUUGAUUCCGACAGCUAUGCAUAUAGCUAUCGCCACGGAGAUCCACGAUAUGUUAAUUCCAAGCUUAGAGUGUCUGCGCGAGGCGUUGAAAGAAAAGGCCGAAGAGUGGAAAGACAUCAUCAAAAUUGGCAGAACGCACAUUCAAGAUGCAAUCCCGAUGUCAUUGUGUCAACAAUUUUCAGCUUACGCCACACAAAUCGAAUACGGCAUUCAGAGAAUAAAAGCCACAAUGCCGAGAUUAUAUCACAUAAACAUUGGUGCUACAGCCAUUGGAACUGGGAUGAAUGCGCAUAAGGGCUUUGCGGAAAAAGCGGCUGCGAGAAUCGCGCAGCUAACUGGUUUGCCGUUUGUUGUGGCCCCAGAUAUGAUUGAGGCUACGGCCUCAAACGACGUGAUUGUCGAAGUGCACGGCGCUUUUAAUGUGGUGGCUGUUUCUCUCAUGAAGAUCUCGAAUGACAUCAGAUUUAUGGCGAGCGGGCCUAGAUGCGGUUUUGCGGAAAUAUUCAUUCCAGAAAACGAACCCGGAAGCUCAAUCAUGCCCGGGAAAGUAAAUCCCACACAAACCGAACAUCUUACCGCGGUCUGUUGUCAAGUAAUAGGUAAUAAUGUGGCGGUUACCGUCGCCGGCAGCAACGCUCACUUUCAACUCAACGUCUUUAAACUCGGAAUGGCCACUAACACCUUGAGAUCCGCGAGGCUGCUCGGUGAUUCCUGCUUCGCAUUCACCAACAAUUGCGUGGUAGGCAUAGUUCCAAAUGUCGAGAACAUCAAGAAGAUGCUGAACGAGAGUUUGAUGCUCGUCACAGCAUUGAAUCCGCACAUUGGUUACGAUAAGUCCGCUGCAAUAGCUAAGCAAGCGCUUCAGGAAAAACUCACGCUGAAAGAAGCGGCGCAGAAACACGGAAUUUCCGCCCAACAAUUCGACCAGUGGGUCAGACCUGAAGAAAUGAUCCAUCCGAAAUAAAUGAAAUAGUACGAGUAAAAUUCUUGUGUGUCACGUGUGUCCGUGUGUUUCUCUCACCUUGAUCAUGAAAUUGUUAUAUAAUUUCAUGUACACAUCAAACGAAUAAAACGGUGAAG